ACAAGAGACUGACAAGUUUCUAUGCAACAGCAUGUCUACGGAUCGAGAAUCCAACUUCUCAGCUGAUUUUCUUUCUCGAAAUGUUCUUCCUGGUCAUGUGUUGACUUAGCUGUUACUGGGCACGAUCACGUGCUAAAAGAACACAAGAAAGUUGGAAAUACUAUAGUAACAGGAUGUCUUACUCUGACCUAACCUAGGGAGGCACUAGAAAAUUAGAUAACAAAAAUUGUCUUUACCUAAUUUAGUUAUAUAUACUACAGCAGAUCUGAAUCCCAAGCAAUCAGUGAAGGGACCUACCUAGAAGAAUGUCAGCUGUGGAGAAGACGGGUGUGUUGCUGGAGUUUCUAGUGGCCGUGGCCGUGGCUUUGAUUGGGUUCCUGCUUUGCAAGGUUGAAGGAAAGAUUCAUUUCCAUGAUUUUGUUCUGGAAGAUAAGAAUUUUACAAGGUUGUGCAGCACAAAAUCUGCUCUGGUAGUCAACGGAAGCAUUCCAGGGCCAGUGGUUUAUGUCAACAAAAAUGACACCCUCUAUGUUAAUGUUUACAACAAAGGUGGUUUUAAAGUCACCAUUCAUUGGCAUGGAGUGAAGCAACCGAGAAAUCCAUGGUUUGACGGUCCAGAGUACAUUACACAGUGUGCGAUUCAGCCUGGUACUAAUUUUACUUAUGAGGUAAUAUUUUCUGAUGAGGAAGGCACUCUUUGGUGGCAUGCCCAUAGUGACUGGACAAGAAACACUGUCCAUGGCGCAAUUGUUAUUUACCCUGAAGCAGGAAGCUCCUACCCUUUCCCCAAGCCUGAUGCAGAAGAAGUCCUUGUCUUUGGAUCAUGGUACACAUAUGAUGUGAAUUUAGUAGUUGAACAGGCUCUUGCAACGGGAGGACUCUUACCAGAAUCAGAUGCUUAUACUAUUAAUAGCCAACCAGGAGAAUUUUGUGCUUGCUCUAAAGAAUCAACAUACCGUUGGCAAGUUGAUUAUGGGAAGACCUAUCUUCUUCGAAUAGUCAAUGCAAACAUGAAUGCACAAAUGUUCUUUGCCAUUGCAGAACACAACCUCACGAUUGUCGGGAUGGACGGAGCAUACUUGAAACCAUUUGUCACCAGCUACAUAAUGAUAGUUCCUGGACAAACCAUGAAUAUUCUUGUCACAGCAAACCGAUCUCUUGGCCACUAUUACAUGGCUGCUAGGAAAUACACACUUCAAUCAUCCUUCAGUCCAUAUGACAAAACUAACGUUACCGCGAUUCUGGAAUAUAGGGGCAACUAUACAACCCCAGCUUCUCCUGCUUUCCCACUUGACACCCUUCCUGAUUACGAUGAUUUAAAUGCUGCAGUAACAUUCACAAAUAAUCUAAAGAGCCUUCAUGACCAGAAUGUCCCAAAAAACAUUACUACCCGGAUGUAUGUUACAGCUGCGACAAAUGGGUUGCUCUUUAAUGAUACUAUGGCUCUUUCUGCAAGCUUAAACAAUGUGACUUGGGUGAAUCCCAAAACGGACGUGCUUCAGGCCUAUUACUACAACAUGACAGGCUUCUACACGGAAGAUUUCCCAGACAUGCCGCCAACAUUCUUUGAUUUUGUUGCAGAAGAUUUACCGGAUAAUACCAUACAGCCUUUGUUGGGGACCAAAGUGAAGGUGCUAGAGUAUGGAGAGGAAGUGGAGAUGGUGUUUCAAACGGCUAAUGUAUUGAAUGCAGCACAGAAUCACCCAAUGCAUCUCCACGGACAUAGCUUUUAUGUUGUUGGCGUAGGAGAUGGCAACUUUGAUUUUGAAGAAGAUCCGAAAACAUUCAAUUUGGUUGAUCCACCCUCCGUGAACACUGCUACAGUUCCACAGAGUGGAUGGCUAGCUAUUAGAUUCAAAGCACUAAAUCCUGGAGUAUGGCUAUGGCACUGUCAUUUUGAUCACCAUUUAAGUUAUGGAAUGGAAACAGUAAUGAUAGUGAAGAAUGGUAGCACUCCUGAGACAUCUAUUCGCGAGCCCCCUGUUUAUAUGCCACCUUGUGAUGAUGCGCCAUUAAUUAGAUUGUUCAAAUCAAAAUAAUAAUAUAUAUCUAGAAUAAAUCUUGAUGGCUAUAUAUGCCACCUUCUAUCCCAAAUUGUCAUUUCCAGUUAAAUAUUUAGUCACAGGGAUAAGCAAUUCUCCAUUUGAAUGAUUCUUGUGAGUGGACCGUAUUAAUUUAUGCCCUAAGUUCUCCAUAA